CGGCUCAAGUUGCCCCGCGCGUCGAGUCGCUCAGUCGCGCGCGAGCGCCGCGUCGCGAGCGCGGCUCCAGGCGCCAUGGCGCUCAGCAAGAAGGCGUCCUUUCUGCUGGACGCCGUGCUCAAGCCGCAGGCGGAUGCGGAGAAGGCGCGGCGCUACUUCCCCAUGCUGCGGAAGUGGGCGGAGACGGGGAAGGCGUACCGGGGGGAGACCUUCAGCACUGCAGAGGUGGAAGAGGCCAUCGCCGCCUACGAGCGGGCCUUCGUGCCGUCCGUGCAGAACGUGCCGAGUCCGCAAGUGCGGAAUAGGAGCGACGCCGAGUGGUGGCCCCGCUGGGCGCUGAACAAGGCCCGCGGCGUGGAGGUCCUGGCCCCGGUGAAGGGCAAGCCGUCCGCUUGGACGCCCGCCACCCCCGUGGCGAUCGGGUACCGGGGACAGAAGAAGUGCUUCCUCUUCGUGAAGUCCAAAAGCUUCGACAUGGACUGCCGCAAGGACCAGGUGCGCCCCGUGGGGGGCGGCAAGAGCGCCCAGCAGCAGCUCGAAGAGCUCCUCUCCAGGGGCCACAAUCCCGAAAGACAUCCUGACUGGACGGAUGGCUCAGACCUCACUGCGGGCCAGCAGGGCGAUAUUGCCUUCAUCACACCCGGAGUACCCCAACCCGGAAAGAAGACAUCGCAGCAAGUUGAGCGCGAUGCGUCUUUCGUGGAGGCGCUGGAAGACGAGUACGAGAGGAUGACCCUCCUGCGGCGAUCCAGUGUGGUGAAGACCAGCACCUGCGACCAUCCAGAUCCACUUUCCGAGCCGCGGGCUGCGGCCAGCAUCAAGCUGCCUGAGUUGACCGAGCGGGAUAUUCUGGCGCUGCCAGCCAACGUGGCGCAGGAGCGAUUGUCUUCUCUCCAGCUGGAGACCGUGUGCUUCGCAGCCCGGCGGUUCCGCACCAAGCUGCCGGACGGGCGCACGGCCGGCUAUGUGCUUGGCGAUGGCACUGGCUGUGGCAAGGGCAGGGUCAUCUCCGCACUGCUGUACCACCUCUGGAACUCCGGGCACCGCCGUUCAAUUUGGGUGUCAGCUACGAGUGACCUCUACUACGAUGCGUGCCGCGAUUUGCAGGAUUUGGGCGCAGACAUCCCCUGUAUUGCCAUGCGGAAGCUGCCACCCAGCGGACCUUUGGACAAGAAAGGCACCACCGCCAACAAGGAGCUGGUUCGUGGCCUGGGCGUGGAGGGAGACGGAGUGAUCUUUCUGACGUACUCCCUGCUGGUGCAGACGGGCCAGCGCCGAGAAGUCUUCCCCUGUACCCUGAACAGCCAGGAGGCCAAGACAAAGUUGCUGGAUGCCCUGGAUGAGCGAAUGCGCUGCGGCAGUGUAGUAAACUGCGGCGUGGAUGGGAGUGGGCGCCCUGCGAAGAUCCUGCCUGGCGACCGGGUGGUGAGCGUGAAGAAUCUCCGGGAGUUCCAGGGCCUGGAUGUGCCGACGACCGUGUCACUGGAGCGGGUCCUGGACAAGAAGAAGCCCAAGGCUGGGGAGGAUGCCAAGGAUGCCAAGGAUGACGCCAAGGAUGCCAAGGAUGCGAAGGAUGGCAAUGGCAAGGAGGAUGCCACAGAACUCACGGCCUGGAAUUCCCGGCUGGGGCAGUUGGUCCAGUGGCUGGGCGGCGGCAAGGCCACUGGACUCAUUUGCUUCGACGAAGUGCACAAGGCCAAGAAUCUGGUUCCCGACAAGGACGACAAGGCCAGCACCAAGACGGGUCUCUACGUGGAGCGCCUGCAGCAGAGUUGCCCCAACGCCCCGGUGCUCUACGUCUCCGCCACCGCCGCCACGGAGGUGCAGCAUUUGGGGUACAUGAGCCGCCUGGGCGCAUGGGGCGCCGGCACAGCCUUCGAUACCUUCAACGACUUCCAGAAAGCCAUCGAGGCCAACGGUGUUGCCGCCAUGGAGAUGUUCGCCAUGAACAUGAAGGCGGUGGGCGCAAUGUCCUGUCGAGCUUUGGCCUAUGUUGGGACGGAGUUUCAGGUUCAGCAGAAUGGCAUGACGGAGGAGCAGCUCAGGGUCUAUGACACCGCUGCAGUGUUUUGGCAGAAGCUGCUGGCCACGUUCCGGAAGUUCAUCCAUAGCAAGGACCUGAAGGAGACCUAUUCCAAUCACUUCUUCAAGAAGCUGCAGAAGAAGAAGAACGGAGUCUCCAGAAAGAGCGCCAAAGAAAUGGAUGCAGAGGAAGAGGACCUCGUGACCAAACGCCUCUGGCAAUUCUACUGGGGCGCGCAACAGCGAUUCUUCAAGGCCUUGUGCAACUCAGCCAAGGUUCCGGCUGCUUGUGUCGCGGCUCAAGAAGCAGUGGACAAGGGCCAGCAGGUCGUCAUCUCCAUUUGGGCGACGGGCGAAGCCAGAUCCCGCGCGAAGAUGGAGCGACUCAAGGAGGAGACCGCUGGGCGCGUGACCGUGGACAGUGUGUGUGAUGGCAUUACGGAGGUGCAGAUCAAGGAGCAGGACACCCUGAAGGCCGUGAUCUCCUGUCUCUAUGCCAACCUCACCCUGCGGAGCAAGCUGACCAUCGGCGGCAAGCAGGUCGCGCAGCUGAGCAAACUGGUGGAAGCCGAGGGCAAGCGCAUCAGCCGGCCAGAGGAGCUCCUGAAGUGCGGAGUGCCCUGCCAGCUGGUCUUUCGAACUGCCAGUCUCCGGCGCCUCGUGGUUUCAGCCCAUGCCACCGACACCAAGGAGCCGGUGACCUUCGAGCUGAACGACGACGACUUCGGAGAGCGGGUCCUGGUGUCCAAGGUCUUGGAGGGUCCAGCCUCCUUCCGGCGAGCCGAGCUGGAGGGUUGGCACAUCAAGAGGAUCAACGACAAGCCGGUGGGAAAGAUCCGUGUGGCCACUCUGCGGCCGCGGCUGCGGAAGGGCGCGAGCCUGGCCUUCCAGGAUCCCGUGAUUGAUGAGCACCUUUCCGGCCCUGCCAUGAUCGUCGAGCAUUUCAUCAACAGCUGCUUCCUCACCCAAGGCGAGAAUGGGGAGGAGCUGGCCUGGGCAGCAGAGGUGAAGAGCCAAUUGGUGAAGGAAGCGCAGCACUUGAGCCUUCCGCCCAACGCCUUGGAUGAUGUGCUGGAUCGACUUGGCGGUCUGAAGAAGGUGGGGGAGAUGUCGGGGCGCUCCCACCGCAUCAAGCGCCGCAAAGACGGGAGCCUCGCCUGGGUGGCGCGCUGCGAGGAGCUUCGCUGUCCGUCGGACGGGGCCAAUCUGGUGGAGCAGGUUCUGUUUCAGAAGGGCUCCAAGAAGAUCUGCGUGGUGACAGAGGUGGCAAGUGCUGGCAUUUCACUACAUGCAGACAGACGUCAGGUUACCAGUGACUUCCGGCCGCCGCGACGGCUGAUGAUUUCCUUGGAGCUCCCAUGGGGUGCGGACAAGGCCAUCCAGUGCUUCGGGCGGGUCCACCGCGCCAACCAGCUGGUGCCGCCCAAGUUUUUGGUCCUGACCACGCCGUUGGGUGGCGAGGUGCGCUUCAACAGCGCCAUCGCCAGGCGGAUGAAACUCCUUGGGGCCGUCACCAAGGGUGACCGCAUGACCUCCAUGGGCGGCGUGGCGGAUUCUCACAUGACGGACUUCGAUGUGAACAACGCCUAUGGCCAGAAGGCUUUGAUGACGUUCUACACGGACACGGCCAAGUUUUCGUCUGUCGCGCCCGAGCUGCUGGCAUUGUAUGAGGCCUUGCCCUUCAUUGGUGCCGAAGGUGAUGGUGAGGCCUCCGGGCGAUGGCCAACCUGGCAGGAGUUCGUAGAGGAGGUGAACACCGCCUGGGACGUGACACGCCUGACCGAUGAAAUCGAAGUGAUGCUGGAAGACAGCAAUGGGAGGAGCUGGGCGGAAAUGGGCACCAAGGAGUCUCAGGUGAUCAACCGCUUCUUCAACCGCAUCUUGAUGCUGGAGGUCCACAUCCAGAACGCCAUGUUCGAGACCUUCUUCGCCGUCUACACAGAGCUGGUCCGAGUGGACAAAGCGAAUGGUGUGUAUGAUGAAGGCAUCGAGAACCUGAACCGUGUUCAGGGGCGCACCAUCCAAGACAUCAAGGUGGACCAAACUGAGCUGCUCUUCCGUGACCCGAGCUCUGGAGCAGAAACUACCUACGUGCGCUUGUCGUUGGACCGCGGCAUCACCUGGGAGGCUGCCAAGGCGGCCUAUGACACCAUCCCUGCGAAAGGAUCUACUGAAGGCUUCUACGAGUUCAGGCCUCACCCGGAGGCAGAUCCCGUCUACAUCCUGGUGAAGGAGACCCUUCAGCUGGGCGGCGCCGGUAGCACGGGCACCACCUGGGUCGCGCGCAGGCGCCGCCGCCAGUUCUCAGCGUGGCGCGCAGACUGUGGAGCUGUCACCAGCUGGUCUGAGGGGCGCAAGGCCUAUUUCGAGAGCGACUUCGAGCAGGACUGCUUCACGCGAAUCUAUGGCACAGAUGAGGAGCUGGAAACAGUGAGAGAAGGAUGGAUGGAACUCUACCGCAACUCCGCUGCUUCGCGGACAGUCAUGGAGCAUGUGCUGACGGGGGAUGUCCUUGCUGCAUGGCAGUUGGUGAGGAGCGGCAAGUCCAAGGAGACCGCCUCGGCGGAAGGGCCCAAGCUGCAGAUUGUGCGGGCGAUCACCCAACCGGGCAACUUGCCAGUGGUGGGUAUGCGCUUGGAUGGUGAGGACAUUCCGCACCUGAGGUAUGUGCUGUCGUGCCAGCAAGAAGCGGCUCAAGAGCCGAAGAGCAGCUCCAUCAAGGAGGUGGCACUUCAAGCAGGGGAGAUGUUGCUGGAGCACCUCAGCAAGAUGCCGGACUACAAGAUGCCAUUUACCUCCUGGCUUGAGGUGCACAAAGUCUUGCCGGUGCCGCGCUCCAUCGACGGCCUGCGGGGCACACAAAUGGCCGUUGAGAAGCUGCGGAAAGCGCGCCUGGUGAAGAUCGAGGAAGGUGAAAUGACAUGGUGUCUCCGUGCGGGUGGCCGCACAGUGGAGACGGAGGCCGACCUGCUGAAACCCUUGGACCCGCCGCUGAAGGGCGAAGAUUUGGAAGAGCUGAUGUUCCCCCAGGCCUUUCUGCCGCGGGGCGCAGACUCGGAAUCAGAUGACUUCACUGAGGAGGAGGAAGAGGAGGCUGACGCCCAGGAGGCAGACUUGAGAAGCUGUGAGCAGGAGAAGCCACAGGUUGGCAAAGAGGACAAAGACAGGGAACCCAAGCGUCGCAAGCUUCAAAGGCCGGCAGAGAAGGACAAGGUUGCAGGCCGCGUCUCCAAGAAGAAGGCGCUGCAGGCCUUGUUCGAGGAGGAUGAGAGCGAAGAGGAGUCGCAACCAAAGGAUGAGUCGCAAAAGCGCGAGCGCGAUGAACAGAUGGAGCGCCUGCUGUUCGACGAGGACAGUGAGGAGGAGACCAACGACCAGGAGUUGAAGAGGAGGCGGCGAGAUGAACCAGGAAGCUCUGCGGACCCUGGUUCGGAGGCUACCACCAAAGCCCAGCUGCAGGAGUGGAUGACGCUAGCGGUCGGGCCGCCAAAGAGCGAUUCUGAGCGUCUAGCCAAAUUCAACUUGGAGCACGACAGCGUCUCCCAGGGCGCACUGCUGGAGGGUCAGCUUCCUGAAGUGAGGUGGGAGUUCGAGGUGAUCGGCAAUAAGAUUGGAAUCCGAGAUUCGCCGGACAUCACAACAGGAUCGGACACAGGGGAGUAUUUGCGGCCCAACGCCGUCUUCGUCGUCUCGGAGAAAGUGCUAGGUCAGGAUGGUAGGACCUACCUCCGGCUGGCAGAUGGAAGAGGCGAGUGGCCCAAGUAUGACGUUCUAGCUGCUUCAUGUAGCCUGAGGAUGGGUCUAUGACCGCAGCAAGAAGGAUGUCAACAAGGUGGUGAUCCGGGAGAAGCCCAUCGCCUCCUGAACGAUGGUUGCUGGGACAAAGCUGCUGAAAGUAACUUUGUCCCCAGCGAGCGUGGGAGUUUCUCAAAGUUGGAGGACCCUUCCAGCGGUUGGCCUUC